AUGGGUUUAUAUGAAGUCCAUGGUAUGCCGAGUGAUCAUGCUCAAACAUUCUUUUAUUUUAUGACAUAUUUGGCAAUAUUUAUUAUUCUUAAAUCUCAAAUGCCUGGCACACCACGUGUUCGUUCGUUACGUAAUCGUUUUCUUGUCUUUUCACAACUUAUCGUUGCUGCUAUAGUCGCAUAUAGCCGAGUAUAUCUACAUUAUCAUACUAUUGCACAAGUUGUGGUUGGUGCAUUGGUUGGAACAGCAUUAGGUUGUGUUUGGUAUUAUUUUGUUAAUUAUCAUUUUACAAUAUAUGUUCCAUUUAUAAUCGAACAUCCAUUAGGAAAAUAUUUUCUUAUUCGUGAUUAUUCACCAAUACCUCGUAUAAUUCGUUUUCAAUAUGAAACUGAAUAUGCUGAAGCUAAACGUUGGCGAGAAAGACGAAUAAAUCAUACAAAAGAUCAAGCAUUAUCAUCACAAUAA